AUGGAGGCGGAGUUUGAGGAUGCUGGAGGGACUGGAUACAGGGAUUCGCUGGUGGUCACCCACCCAACUACUAACCUGCCGGCGUGUGGCUUAAGUACGGCUGAGCGGACGGGAAGCCCUGUUCUCCACACCCUGUGGUCGUAUGUACUAGAAUUAAUUGAAAAAGAAUCACAUGCUUCUGCUUAUAUAGCUGUGCAGCACUGUGGUCCAAGCGAGAACUGGGUGAGCACCGAUUUAGCGUCGCGCGACUUGGGUGGCAGGGCCUCUCAAUGGUACAGUCCUAAGAAGUCCGUUGAGAGUCGUAACUACAUCUAG